AGUCAUGUACUUUUGUUAUGCUUUUCUGACAGAGAAGACAUGAGAUUCAGAGAAGUCAAAAAAGUUCUUAAUAAACAUAUUCUAAAUGGUUGCAGGUACCUGAAUAAGGUGGUGAUCCAACAUGUGCGCUCAGGAAGGGCGGACUACUUCAUCUGCAACAAGUGGCUUGCUCUGGAUGAAGAUGAUGGCAGAAUUGAACGCAUGGUCUUUGUAGCCUCCCCAGAGGAGACAGCAGAGCGGUCCAACCUGAUUAGUGAAAGGGCCACAAAGGAUUUCCAUGAUGGCCACUUGUUCUACUCCGUUGCUGGCCGCCCCGCGCGAAGCCCCUUCACACGUUCCCAGCGCCUGGCGUGCUGCAUGUCCACUGUUUACUCCGCCAUGCUAGCCAACAUCAUGUUCUUUGGGCAGGGAGACCAUUUCGACCCCCCAGAGCCCAUCCGGAUCAUGGGAGUGGAGAUAGAGCCUCCAAUCUCCCUACCAGAGAUCAUGAUCGCCAUAGAGAGUGCGGUCAUCGUCUUUCCGAUCAACGCCCUGAUUGUACUGCUCUACAGGAAUGCUGCUCCUAAACCAAGCAGCACUCCAGCAAGAAAGCUUGAUGACAUGAAAGAUGUCAAAACCCAAGACAAUGAAAAAGGAAGAGGAUGCCAUCUGCCUUGGUGGACAGCAACAGUGGCCGGACUGCUGGCGUUUGCCGUCAGCUUUGUGGCUGCGUUCUUCACGGUCCUGUAUACCCUCAGCUUCGGACGUGACAAGGCGCAGGCGUGGUUUACCGCCUUCCUCGCAUCAUUUGUAACAGACAUGAUCCUGAUCCAGCCAUUCAAGGUGCUGGCUAUGGCUGUUGUCCUGGGGCUACUCAUCCGGAAACCUACAACAGAGGACAACCCACCUCCUACAGAACCUACAGCUGAGUUACAGACUGUGGCUGAACAGGUUGUUGCUAAAGAGGCACCUAGAGGCCCCCCUGUUGGUGAAGACCUGGCCAGAGACAGAGCUCACCGUAUCAAGAGGAAGAUGUGGCGUUGUACACUGAAGGAGAUUGUGAUUUACGGCACGUUCCUGUCCGUCCUGAUGGUGAUGUCCUACACCGAGAGGAGCAACUUGGCCUUCCACAUGGACAACUCUGUCAGGAGAGCUCUGGAAGGUGGCAACUUAUUCUCAAAGGUUGGUUAAAGAUUCCUGAUAGAUGAUGGAGUAGAAUUACAUAGAUGACAUUAGAUUUUAUUCUUGAAAUCUGAUGAUAUUCUAUAUUCAUAGUACUCUGUAUGUUAAGUACUAAUUCAUUUCUCUUACCAGCCUGAGGAUUGCCUACCAAAGUGUCAAAACAAAGUGACUUUUAUACAUGUAUUGGGUCAUAUUGCUUUUACUUUCCAGUAUUACGGCAUGGAUAGCAUAAAGGAAGUUAGUAUAUACAGUGUCUUUUUUUACUAAUUGCAGCCAAUGUUACUAAGCUGCCAUUGUUUGAUACCUCUGCCUUGUGCUCAGCCCAGAUACUGGCCACCUGCUGGUAGCCUCUUAUGGCUUUUGAGGCUCUGCUUGGCUAACCAUUUCUGUCUGCUUCCUCUAGUUCUCAUGGUUGUCUGUUCUUGUUCCCUAGAUAUCAGAUCCUGUGUCCUACUGGAUGUGGCUGGAGCAGGACGUCCUGCCUGCUGUUCACUGUCCAGCCUGGUACAACGGGAGGUCAUGUGAGGACAACCUGACUCUACCCGAGCACCUCACCCACGCCAUCUCCCCCUUA